AUGGAGUGGACGAAGAUCCGUUUUAUAGGAAAGCGGCAGCUACCUUCCAUUUCCAAAUGUAACUCGGACUUUGCUGCAAUCCCCACCAAGUUUUCUUUCCUCAAACUGUUUAUUUGUGGUCUGAGCUUAGAAACUACAGAUGGUAGUUUAAGAGAACAUUUUGAGAAAUGGGCACACUCAGAUUGUGUGGUGAUGAGAGACCCCCCAAACAAAAUGCUCCAGGGGCUUUGGUAUUGUGAUUUCCUCUUGUGUUGAAGAGGUGGAUGCAGCAGGGUGUGCCUGACCCACAAGGUUGGUGGGCGUGUAGUGGAACCAAAGAGAGCUGUUUCAAGAGAGGAUUCCAUGAAGCUUGGUGCCCAUUUAACAGUGAAGGAAAUUUUUGUUGGUGGCAUAAAAGAAGACACAGAAGAAUAUAAUUUCAGAGACUACUUUGAAAAGUACGGCAAGAUUGAAACCAUAGACGUCAUGGAGCACAGGCAGAGUGGAAAAAAGGGAGGAUUUGCCUGUGUAACCUUUGAUGAUCACGAUACAGUUGAUAACAUUGUUGUGCAAUACCCCACUUCUAAUGGGCGUGAUUGUGAAGUGAAAAGGGCCCUUUCCAAACGAGAGAUGCAGUCUGCUGGACCACAGAGAGGUCGUGGAGGUGAUGGUGACAAUUAUGGCAGUGGAGGACCAGGAUACGGAACCAAGGUGGUGGAUAUGGUGGUGGAGGCGGAGGUGGAUGAUGGUUACAAUGAGGAAGGAAAUUUGGCGGUGGUAACUAUGGUGGUGGUGGGAACUAUAAUGAUUUUGGAAAUUACAGUGGACAAUGACAAUCAAAUUAUGGGCCCAUGA